AUGACAUCCUUGUAGACUGAGUUUGGGUGUUUUUACCCUCAAUUUGCAUAAUAAGAGAAGAAGAGGGCGGACUCCCUAUAAGUCCCGUGGUUUUUAUCCUUCACAUCGAAGGGGUUUUCCACGUAUAAAAAUCGUGUGUCGUUUGCAUCUUUAUUCUUCAUAUUUGGUUGUGGUUUAUUUGAUGUGUUGCUGAUUUUGUGUGCUUGGUUAAUCAAUUGUGGUAAAUUGGGUUAAGUGUUUGGUUGGUUGUCUUGAAGUUGAUCCUUGUAGGUGUCGUAUCCUACUUGUUGCUUCUCCCCUAACAAAUUGGUGAUCCUAGUGUGUAUAUAUGAGUGCGUGCGAUAGAGGGAGAGAGAGAAUUGAAAUUCAUUGUAUCCUAUGUAGCAUCAACACAGGAAAGUGUGUAUCUAUAGAGGAAUAAUGUAUCUUUUGUGAUUUGAUAUCAAGUGGACAUGCCGUUAAACAAAGAAUCCAAAGAGAUGGAAAAGGUCGAAGUAAAUUGUCUAUCUCACUUCUGCUGGACUAUAGGGCAAGAUGAAAACCAAGAAAAACUGGAAAGGGGAAGUCGCUUGCGAGCACCGACAAGAGGAAGAGAAUUAACAAGAAUAACCGGGCUGGCUGCCCCUGAAUCCCCGGAUUGUCCUUUCCCCUAUUCACCGAAAGUGCUCCUAACAAAACUUUUUCCUGGAUCCACCACUGAGAAACCAAUCCCAAUGGGAUUCAUGAAGAACUUGAAAAAGGGUAGAAGAGGUUUACCAGGCGAAGCAAUUCUAACGUGCUCUUCUGGUCAGUCUUGGAAGGUCAAAUUAUGUCUCGAUGCAGAUGGCUUAUUUCUAAGCAAGGGAUGGGGCAAAUUUUUCAAAGAAAACCAACUUUGUGAAAGAGACUUCCUAUUAUUUAGAUAUGAUGGAGGCAAAACCAUAAAAUUUGAUGUGAGAGUGUUUGGUGCAAAUGGAUUGCCAAAGGUGAAAGCCUCUGAUUCUGGGAAAGAAAAUGUCUGCAAACAAGUGGAGAACAAUACCUCUCGACGUGUGAAAGAUGAAUGCCUGAGUUUGGAUGUUCAGCCUGAAAUUUCUGCUCACAAGAAGAAGAGGGAUGAACUGGUGGAAACUGGAGUUACAACAAUGGCUUUAGUUAGAUAUCCCAUCAAUGAAGUGCCAAGUCCAUGGUCUAAAUCUCUUGCUUUCAGCUCCAACAGUCCUUUUUUCAGGUGCAUUCUGGAUGAACGCAGCGUGAAAAGAUAUCUCUUGAAAAUCCCCAAAGCGGCGUGUCCUAUAGACAUGUUUCCGAGCGAAAAAACAGAUAUUAUCCUCCGCAACUCAAAUCUACAGUUCUGGGUAGUGAAUGUUCAACCCACCAUGGAAGCAUAUACAUUUCAAGCAUCCGGGUGGCGUAAGUUUGUUCAAGAAAAUGAUCUCAGGGAAGGAUAUGUUUGUGUGUUUGAGCUUUUGGAGAUUAAUGAACUGCUGGUUCAUGUGUUUCAUUGAAACUUGAGGUAACAAGAGACUUGAUCGUUUAUCAGAGCUGUUUGAAUUUGGUUCUGAUGGUGUUCUUGUUUUAGAAUCAGAAUCAGAAUUUGAUUAUUUUCCAUAAUAGAGUCUUUCCUUCUUAAGAAGUGUAUUGUUUAUGGAUUUCUAUUCAUAUUUUGAAGUCAAUUAUUGUGAAUGGUUUUUAUUGUAUAAAGUCCGGCUUCAUGAUCCUUGUUGUCUGCUGCCUGGCUUUGGACUUGGGUAGUCG